UUUGUUAUCCGAAAACAUAGCAAAACUAUUUAUGAACAAUCUCGCAAUGAAUCCAGUGAGAGCGAUAUUUUACUGGCAAGUUCAAAUGUAGAUUAUGCGCCUGAAGCUGGAGUGUCACUUUCGUGUGAAACAUCUGAGGCUGAAGACUUUGAAGAGGAUGUUGGAACUGGCAGUUGCAGCAGCCAGAAUACUGAAGUUACUGAACAACUCAAAAAGAAGGUGGCCAAGAAAAAAUGUGGGAGAAAGCUGGAAGCAGAAGUUCCACUGGUUAUUCUACGAGAAUGA